AUUAGUCUCAAGAACAGAUUUAUUGUCCACUGGAGAAUCACUGCGAGGUUGUAUAUAUAUAUGCGAGUGUGUGUUGGGCUGGAGACAAAAAGAGAAACAGCAGACAGAGAGGAGAGUUUCUUACAGCAUAUCUUCAACUGCUCAACCAACAUGUCUCAACCAGGUCAGGAAGAAGAUGAACAAAUGCAGCGUCCUGAGGUGAGAGAAGAAGACCUGACCGAAGCAAAGUCCAAACUGGGUACGAGUGGGCCAGCAAAGAGCAAGACAUUAGAAGUAAUGGAGGAGUGCGAGAAAAUGGGUAAAGCUGCUCCAUCUGUGUUCAGUGGAGUGAGGUCAGGAGCGGAGACUGUUUUGAACACGCGCUCAGCUCGACCAAUCAGGAAGUAGCAGGAGACCUUCUGACCAUUAUUGGAACACCUGUUCUGUGUUAGGGGUUUCAAGAUCAGUUUCCAGAUGUGCCUGUUUAAAAAAAAAUUUUGUUUCAAGAUAACCUUUAUUUUUUAUUUUAAGCUUUUUGUUCUUCGUAAGUCACACUUGUUGCAGUUUAAUGUUUCAUGAUUGCACAUAUAUACAGCUGAUUAUUAACUUUUGAGAAUUUUGUUUUUACUGUUUUUGAAACAGGUAUUGACCCCCAGUUUUAGAGAGAAGGUAUAAUAAUGAAGGAACACAUGAAUGAAAAAAUAUCUUGGAAUUAUGCAAAUAUUGUCUCAUCCAUCAUGUGUUUCUCAGUAGUAAGUGCCAGUAAUGUAGUAAACGUCAGGAAAAAUGUAAUAAACAAAUCCAUAAUUAUAAAAUAGAACAAAAAGAGCCAAUUUGUGUUUUCCUUUAUAUUCAAAAAAUUAUUUUAAUCAACAAACUGAAUGAAUAAAACUUAAAAUGUAUUAUAACAAAACUACUACAGUAAAUGAGGCAGAGAGUGAGCCAUGGUGAAGGGAGUAAAGAUGGAAAAAUGCAAAGAAACAAAGCAUGGUAAAAGGAUGGAGAGUCAGUGAACCAAGUCAACCAGGUAAUGACAGCGCUGAGAACACCAGCCCUGGGAGUUGUGAAUCCAGUUUUAUUUCAUGAACUUGUGAUGCUGGUCUUGGAGGAUUUUGGCGGAGGACUUGGCGUCGUAGAACAGCUCGUUGAUCUCCUCUACCUGCUCCCUCUCCACGGACUCUUUCCCCUGAACACGGCCCAGCAAGCUGGCUGGUGUCAGCAGCUGUACAGCGUACCUGAGAGGGAAAUGACAGCCACUCAGUUUACUGACAUAUAUCCUCUACAUUUACAGUGUAUGCCAGUUUAUGAAACAGAGGAGUGUAAGAGGAGUUGCAGGUCCUAAAAGUAUUUUUCUACUUUGAACAUUGUCUUUUGAAACUUAAGUUUCAACCUCGAUAUUACUUGUGUAUAACAAUAAUAUAUGGUUAUGUUUA